UUUUUUCUACGUUUUAAGUGCGUGUGAGUCUUUUGCUUUGUUGGGGAAACUGGAUCGGUGAAAAACUUAAUUCGAAAGCUGAUUGUUUUGUCGUUAUUUGCCUCCCUGUUGACGAGGACGUUGGCAGCUACUGUGACUGACUUUAUGUAUCGGAUCAUCUUAAUUUUAAUAUCGUUUACUGGGUGUCUACAACUGGUGUGACCGGGGGCAGAGACAACCGUUCUGUGACACCGGAUUCCCAAAAAGCCGAAAUGAUCACAAGAAAAAGAGCGCGAGUUGGGUCCAAGCCUGAAGCGAAGCCUAACGUUACCACCUGGCCACUGGAAGUUGAUACAAGUGAAGAAAUCGAAGUCACUGACGACGUGCAUACGUCUCCAUUUCAGUAUUCCUCACCAGAAAGCGAUAAUACGCCCGGUUUGGAGCUUGAUUUAUUGAAUAUAGACGAUUUUAAUUGGCAGCUGGACAAGGACACAAUUGCUUCAUUUUUUGACGAAGGCGGGAGUGGCUUGCAGGAUCUUUCAACACCGACAUCAUACGGAAGCUAUGGAGGCAGCGAAGCGCUCUCGUUUUCCUCCUCACCUGGAGCAGUGGAGUCACCGAGGUGUAGAAGUAACAUGCCGGUGCGGAUCAACAAGAAUGCCAUCGCGGCCAGGAUGAAUCGUCUGAAGAAGAAAGAAUACGUGAAUGGAUUGGAGAACAAAGUCACCUCUUUAGCGGCGGAGAAUCGGAAUCUCAGACAGGAGAACGAGCAUUUGAACAAGAGGGUCGAAGAACUGGAAGACGAGGCGAGGUACCUCAGAGCGGUAUUGGCUAACGAAAGCACGUUGGCCCAACUUUUGUCUAGACUCGGCGGUGUGAAUGGCAUGAAAGUGUCUACCUCGCUUUUCCAGGAACCCAACAAACACGACCACGAUUACGCCCUGCCGAGAAAAAGGGUGAAGGUUGAGGAGAAGGACACACCUGGCGGCGUCUGUCUCCACGUUGACAAGAAUCACGUCUCUGUGGAAUUCUGCACUAAGUGCGCAGAAAGUGCAAGCACGGCACUUAAAAUGUAGGGUCAAGUAACUUUCAUUGUCUUUCAGAGCUUUUGAGACUGAACUUGAUAAUAGAAAAAAAAAGUGUUUAGAUGAACUACUGGGGGACAUGCCUGUGAACGGUUUUUAAGCAGUGUAAGAAUGUAAAGAUAUAUCCUAAAGAGCAUGUGUGCGGUAGUUUGUAAGCAUAUGUGAUCACUAAUUUCAUACAAGUUACUGCUAAACCUGUUGACAGUUUUCUUCUAGGUGGUUGAUCUGCCAUGCGGGAUAUGGGUUACAGAACAUCCCUUGACUUCAGGACUCCAUGUGGAUUCUGCUGGGGAAUGCUGAAGAAACGGGACCAGUGGCAGCCUUCUUGGCCCGGUAUAUGUUAAAAGGUAGUAUGCGAGAUGGUGUAAGUUGUUUGCAGUUUUCACCACACCACAAGUGUUGAACAUUGUAUAUUACGGGUGAUAUUGAUUUUAUCUGAUGCAUUGUAAUUCACUGAAUGCGAAAAGACAGCAAUAUAUACUUUUUCCCAGUUUUUGUUGUUAAAACCAGGGAGUAGCGCAAUCACAAAGUGACUCGUAGGAUUAGUGCAUUACGGGUAGAUAAAAUGGAGGUUUUUACAGAAUGGACUAUUGACUUAUACAUUGACCAAAGAAAGGUCCCUGGGUUUCUUAGUUUAUGAAGAAUUUGAGGAACAACUUGUGCCACUAAAGGCAGAUUAUCCUAGGCUUCUUUUUAUUUCUUUUUGUGUUUUUUUGCCUAAAAUGUAAGCAGUGUUCCAUUUACUUGGGAAUAAAAGUGUCUUACAAACA